UAGAAUUGUUGAAAAGCAUAAAGCGAAAAUAAAAGUUACCCCUUGGAGAGAAAAGGCAUAAAAUAAGACGAGCCAAAAACGACCUCUGACCUCUGUACAGAGGACACUGGCACAGGCACAGGCACAGGCACAGGCACACACUACUCAGCCUAUAUAAACCAAAUUGGAUGAAUGAAUUAGAAAGUAAAAUUGGAUAAAUGGAUGAAGGUAAAGAAGAAAAAGGAAGGAACAUAGUUGUGGCAGUGGAUGAGGGGGAACAGAGCAUGCAUGCCUUGUCAUGGUGUCUUAUUAAUAUCAAACUCAAACAUCCUCAAGAUCAUAUUCUUGUUCUUCAUGUUAAGCGACCUACUCUUGUCUACCCUGGCUUUGAUAACUCCGCUUAUUUAUCAUCCCAUGAUGCUUUAUCAUCACUGGAUAGGCGGGAUAGCGAGAUGGGAAGUUGGGUGCUACAAAGGGCUCAAAAACUUUGUACCAAAUUUGAUGUGAAAGCAGAAGCAAAGGUUGAAGAAGGAGAUCCAGGAGAUGUAAUAUGUGAGAUGGUGAAGGUUUUGAAGGCUGACUUGCUUGUCAUGGGUAGCCAUGGCUAUGGUCAACUCACCAGGUCAAUCAUGAGAAGUGUGAGCAGUCACUGUGUUCAGAAUGCGAGUUGUCCUGUUCUAGUCGUUAAGUUGCCAAAAUAAAAUGUUGCUCCGGCCUAUACCAACAUGUACUAUGUACUGCAUUUGUUUAUCAUAUCGUUCUUGUUCAAUAAUCGUUGCAUACAUUUUUAUUCCCUUAUUCAAUAUUGUAAAAUAUGGAGUAUCAUACUACUUGUUUGAGGAAAACAGAGAAUGAUGAUUUAGUAUACGGUUGUGCAAUAUAUCUUUAUUAUUUAUAUCUAAUUAAAGUAUGAAA